AUGAGUGUGGGUUUUUCAAAUUCUCCUUUCCCUGUUAUUGAUCCCUCCGAUUUCAACCAAAACAUGUCUCUCAGGCCAAAUGCCAGAACCGAGGUUCGCCGCAACCGUUACAAGGUUGCAGUUGAUGCUGACGAGGGUCGUCGGCGAAGAGAGGAUAAUAUGGUCGAGAUCCGAAAGAGCAAGCGCGAAGAGAGCUUGCAGAAGAAGCGUCGUGAAGGUCUCCAAGCUCAACCACAGUUUCCGGCUCCUCUUCAGACUUCCACUGUCGACAAGAAGCUAGAGAGUCUUCCUGCGAUGGUUGCUGGAGUUUGGUCGGAUGAUAAUACUCUUCAACUUGAAGCCACCACGCAAUUUCGCAAGCUGCUUUCGAUUGAACGGAGCCCUCCGAUUGAGGAAGUCAUUCAAGCUGGUGUUGUUCCUCGUUUUGUUGAGUUUCUUGUCAGGGAGGAUUUCCCUCAACUUCAGUUUGAGGCUGCGUGGGCUCUAACAAACAUUGCAUCUGGGACUUCUGAGAACACUAAGGUGGUCAUUGAGCAUGGAGCGGUUCCGAUAUUUGUCAAGCUGCUUAGUUCGCCUAGUGAUGAUGUUCGGGAGCAGGCAGUUUGGGCUUUGGGAAAUGUUGCCGGUGACUCCCCUAGGUGUCGAGAUCUGGUGCUCAGCCAUGGCGCCCUCACCCCACUAUUGGCCCAGUUGAAUGAGCAUGCAAAACUUUCAAUGUUGAGAAAUGCCACGUGGACAUUAUCUAACUUUUGUAGGGGUAAACCACAACCUCCAUUUGAGCAGGUGAGACCAGCACUUCCAGCACUUGAGCGCUUGAUCUUCUCCAAUGAUGAAGAGGUUUUGACAGAUGCUUGUUGGGCAUUAUCAUAUCUUUCUGAUGGCACAAAUGACAAAAUUCAAGCAGUUAUCGAGGCAGGUGUAUGUCCCAGAUUGGUGCAGCUGCUCACUCACCCAUCUCCCUCAGUGCUGAUUCCUGCUCUUCGAACUGUGGGAAAUAUUGUGACUGGAGAUGACAUACAGACUCAGUCUAUUAUCAAUCAUGGUGCGCUCCCUUGCCUUUUGAACCUGUUGACAAAUAAUCAUAAAAAAAGCAUCAAGAAAGAAGCUUGUUGGACUAUAUCAAACAUUACUGCUGGAAAUAAGGAACAGAUACAGGCUGUUAUUGAAGCUGGUCUAGUUAUUCCGCUUGUCAAUCUUCUUCAAAAUGCUGAGUUUGACAUUAAAAAGGAAGCUGCCUGGGCAAUUUCAAAUGCUACAUCUGGCGGAACUCAUGACCAGAUUAAGUACUUGGUGAAUCAGGGUUGCAUAAAGCCUCUUUGUGAUCUUCUUGGUUGCCCGGACCCAAGAAUUGUCACUGUCUGUUUAGAAGGCCUAGAGAAUAUUCUGAAGGUUGGAGAAGCUGAGAAGAGCCUAGGUAACUCUGGAGAUGUCAACUUGUAUGCGCAGAUGAUAGAUGAUGCUGAGGGAUUGGAGAAGAUUGAAAACCUCCAGAGUCAUGACAACAACGAAAUAUAUGAAAAGGCUGUCAAAAUUCUUGAAACAUACUGGUUGGAAGAUGAAGAUGAGACACUACCUUCAGGAGAUGGUGCUCAACAUGGUUUUGCUUUUGGAAGUGAGCUCCCAGUCCCAUCUGGUGGAUUCAACUUCAGCUGA